AUGGCUGUCAAGCAGAACAACAGCGAGCCCAACGACGCCACCGAUGGGGUCAACUCUGCCUCCGGCGGUGCCUCAAAUGGCGCCAUGCCACCCAAUAGCAAGCAACCAGCUUCCAGCAACAUAAAGAUCUCCGACGAUGGUGGCGGUGGCGGAGGCGCUGGCGGCGGCGGCGAGAGCAUGGACACUAAUGGCACCGGCCCCAGCGAGACGAAUGACAAUGGCGGCCAACCACUGAACGCGGUCACAAAGCGUGACAUACAGGAGCUGCUGAGCACUCUGCAGAAUCUAGAUAAGUCGGAGCACUCGCUCAGUGUGCUGAGCUUCUACAAGCGGAUGAUCAUCGAGCUGGCUCGCAUGAAGCCAGAAGGCAGAACGAGCGAGGAUCUACUGCGCUUCAAGGAGGAGGCGAUGAAUUUUGGGACUAUCCUUGCCACUGCAAACGAGAAGAACUACCUCAUGUACUUCCUUCUCGUCGUCUACGAUCUGAUCACAAAGUCCGGCGAGUCGGGCCCCUCCUAUGCCGUGGCCGUUGUCUUUCACCUGUUCAGCCCGCGUCUCAUCAACGAGGCCGUGCAGUCGCUGCUAGACACGAAUGUAGAGGACACGAGCAUACGCAAGACGGUGGUCCUGCUGUGUGAAUGGGUCUGUGUGUGCAACUUCUGUCCGAACCUCAAUCUCUGGGUGAUGGCCCUGCUGACAGGGUUGCGCGAUCAGGGCAAGCAUGUGCUCCUUGACGACAUUGCAUUGGACUCCAUCGAGAAGCUAUUCAAUGUUAUAAUGCUACCCGCCAUGCGGCCCAAGGCAGCUCCGAUAGUGUUCCACAUGCUGUCAAACAUUAAUCAGACACCCGAAAUAUUCCGCAAGAUAUUGCCACGCAUACCCACGGUGCUGAAUCUUCUGAAGCAGCAGUUCAACAUCACGGACGAAUUCGGCGGUGAGACGCGACAGUACAUGCAGCAAUUGGUGGACCUAACCAGUGUCCUGAUGAUGCGCUUCAACGAAAACAGCGAACUCUAUGCAUCCGUCAGGGUUGCCUUGCAGAUGUACGAACCGUCACCGAAUUGCGGGGAUCUGGCGAGGGCCAUGCAGGAGAACGCCCUGGCCACUGGACGGCGCAAUGCAAGGGUGGGACUGGUGAAUCUCGGCAACACCUGUUAUAUGAACAGCGUGCUUCAGGCUCUGGCCAUGACCAGCGAUUUCAGCCGCCAGAUACUGCUGCUCCAGAGCGAUUCGCUGCUGCUGCUAAAGGUGCAGCAACAGAUUGCCCUAAUGCACCAUUCUAUGCGGUGUGAGCUGACACCUUCGCGCGUGCUGAAUGCGACAAGACCGCCGGGCUUCACGCCGGGCCUGCAGCAGGACAGCUCCGAGUUCCUUGGCUAUCUGCUCGACCUGCUGCACGAGCAAGAGAUCAAGAAAGAUGGAGGCCACAGUCUGCAUGGCAAGGACGUCGAUGCCCCUGGCGAGCUGAACGAUGAGAUUCUGUCCAGCGGUGUCAUACCCUACAACAGCAAUGAUCGCGAGAUCGCCGGAGGCAGCAACGGCAGCAGCAGCACGAGUGCCAGGCUCAAGCCCACUUCGACACCCACCAAAGGCACAAAUAGCUCACAGCAACAGCCACAGCUGCCAAAGAAGCCAACGUCAACCAUUGACAAGACGUUCACCGGCAAACUGUCGACGACAUACAAUUGCUUGGACUGCAGCUGGGAGAGCCACAUCGAGGAUAGUUUCCGUGAGCUGCAGCUCUCGUUUCCGGACGACAAGGACGACUGCAGUGCCACCAACUAUUCGGUGCAAGACCUGAUCGAGUACUACUGCUCGCCGGAGAAGCUGGACGGCGAGAACCAGUAUUUCUGUCCCCGCUGCAAGAAGCUUUGCGAUGCCGAUCGACGAAUCGGGGUAACAGAAGCGCCACGCAAUCUCGUCCUGACACUCAAGCAGUUCAAGUACGAUCAGAAGUACCAUUUUCGCACCAAGCUAAUGCACAAGGUGUUCCACGAUGAGAGUCUCGUGGUUAAGAUAUGCUCAUCCGAUUCACUGCAGGAGCAGUCGGCAGUGUACUAUGAGAUGUACGCGGGAGUCGUGCAUUCGGGCUACCACAUGGACUCUGGCCAUUACUUCACAUUUGCAGCUGACCAGUCGAGGAACUGGUAUAAAUUCAACGACAACUUUGUGACCCAUUCGCAGUCCGAGGAAAUGCACAACCUCACCUCGCCCAACACCCCCUACAUACUCUUCUACAAGAUGUGCGGCCGCUCUCACGAGUCCAGCCCGACUGGCACCGAGAUGGUGUCAGUGCCCCAAGUCCCACCGCUCACACUCGAGGAGCUGCCGGGCCCACUGCGUGACUAUGUGAAGAAGGACAAUCGGCUGUACAGCGAGGAGUUGCGCUCUCAGCGCUUCGCGGGCAAUAACGGUGCCAACGGCCAUGGGUUUGUGACGCGCAACCGAUAUGACGGCGACGAUGAGGAUGAUCGUGCUCCUCCGCCCUCUGGCGGUUGUGGUGGCAAUGAUCUGGGCAUGAAUGUAAAUCGCUUUGUUUACUGAGGAGUCAAAGCGAACGGCGGCGUGGCAGCUGGAGUCGAGUCGGGGAGGAGCAGGGAGGCAACUAGACCAGAAACAUAUACAUACAUAAUAUAUGUGUCUAAUGUGUCUUUAUAAUCACGCGCAUGCUAAACUUAAUGUUCUAUAUAUAUAGAUAUAUAUUCACAUAGUACAUAUUUUGAUAUAUACCGAUGUAUAUAUCUUUGCCACAGAUGCGCUAUAACAGUUAAUGUGUGUGUGUGUGUGUGUCUGUGCCCAUGUGUGUGUGUAUGUGUGUGCGUGAAAAGCGGUAUAAGCUCCCUCGCUCCCCCCCGUUCUCUAUUGCAGCCUGCGAUUCCAUUGUUGUCCAUGUUCCUUUACCCGCCGCAGGUGCAGUCCUCCUCCAAACGACCCCUACAUCCCCAACGGCACACACAGAACUACUAUGAAUGUACGUAAAGUAUUUCCAUUUACAAAAUUGUUAUGAUUUAUUUGUUUUUGUUAACUCAAACCUAGCUUUAGGUCGAGCAUAUAUGUAUGUACAUAUGCGUAAGUGAAAAACCGAAACAUAUUAUACACAGAUAACUAUGAAAUCCCUCUGAAUUAGCCAGACAAGAAUUAUAGCAAAAGCCCCAAUAUCCAACUUCCAUCUCUGGCCACAAAAUAUGUGAAAGAAA